UCUCUCUCUCUCUCUCUCUCUCUCUCUCUCUCUCUCUCUCUGUGUGUUCUAUGGGUAUAAAUGAGAGUACGUGAUGAUAAUGUUCUCUCUUACAUGAGAUUCGUGUUUUUUUUAUUGAGCAGUUUUUGUCAGAGAGAGGGAAAAAGAUCUUACCAGAAAGACUAUUAGGGGAAACCUAAUCUGAACUCCCGAUUUUGUUUUUUAAAAGAGGGAAAUUUUGUUGCUAAAACUAAGCAGAUAUAAUUUGUUUCAGGGAAGGGGUUUCUGGGUUUUUUCUUCUUCUUCUUCUCUCUCUCUCUCUCUCUCUCUCUCUCUCUCUGAAUUCGGAGAAGAUGAAUGGUUCGGAUCAUGUUGAGCAAGAUUACUCCGGGUUCGUUGAAGUCGACCCGACAGGAAGAUACGGGAGGUACAAUGAAGUUCUGGGCAAAGGAGCUUCAAAGACCGUUUACAGAGCAUUUGAUGAGUAUGAAGGCAUAGAAGUGGCAUGGAACCAGGUGAAGCUCUACGAUUUCUUGCAGAGCCCCGAGGAUCUGGAGAGGCUCUACUGUGAGAUCCAUCUCCUCAAAACCCUAAAACACAGGAACAUCAUGAAAUUCUACACUUCUUGGGUCGACACCUCUAAUCGUAACAUCAACUUUGUCACUGAGAUGUUCACUUCUGGCACCUUGAGACAGUACAGGCUAAAGCACAGGAGAGUUAACAUAAGAGCAGUGAAGCAAUGGUGUAGACAGAUCUUGAGAGGGUUACACUACCUUCACAGCCAUGACCCUCCUGUUAUCCACAGAGAUCUCAAGUGUGACAACAUUUUCAUUAACGGGAACCAAGGCGAGGUUAAGAUCGGGGAUCUUGGCCUCGCUGCUAUCUUAAGAAAGUCCCACGCUGCUCAUUGUGUCGGGACACCGGAGUUCAUGGCUCCUGAAGUUUACGAAGAAGCAUAUAACGAAUUGGUUGACAUUUACUCGUUCGGAAUGUGCAUCUUGGAAAUGGUCACGUUCGAGUACCCGUAUAGCGAGUGUACUCAUCCUGCUCAGAUAUACAAGAAAGUUAUGUCGGGAAGAAAACCAGAUGCGUUGUACAAAGUGAAGGACCCUGAGGUUAGAGGGUUCAUUGAGAAAUGCCUGGCGACUGUAUCACUAAGGCUCUCGGCCCGGGAACUUUUAGAUGACCCUUUUCUUUAUAUCGACGAUGGUGAAUCCGAUUUGGGGAGAGCCCUAGACACUGGCCCGCUCGUUAGGCCGCCUUAUGUCCUCGACUACAUCAAUCCUUAUCAUAAUCAGUACUCAAAUGGCUAUUAUGGUCAUGAAUAUCAGAAUGAAUGGGCGUACAACCCAGUUGAGACCGAGACGCAUGGAAUAGAACUCUUUGAGUGUCAAAACGAAGAUCAGGAAGAAAACCCGGAUGCUGGUUUUGUCGACAUUAGCAUCAAAGGAAAGAGAAGAGACGAUGGUGGUUUGUUCUUACGCCUUAGAAUAGCCGACAAGGAAGGGCGUGUCAGGAACAUAUAUUUCCCGUUUGACAUCGUGACCGACACAGCAUUGAGCGUUGCAACAGAGAUGGUUGCGGAACUAGACAUGGAUGAUCACGAUGUGACGAAAAUAGCAAACAUGAUCGACGGGGAGAUUGCUUCUCUGGUGCCGGGAUGGAGACCGGGCCCUGAAUUCCAUGAAUCUCCCCGAUUUUCCGAGAACGCCAACAUCUGCUACAACUGCACUUCCAACCGAACAUCGAUGGGAUCUGUCAUGGAUUUCCUCAGGAGCAAUCCUGGAGCUAAUGUGAUCCAAUGCUGUAGAAACGGGUGUGGCUCUACGCACGGCCGGUUCGAGGAAAUCACUUUUGGGUUGAAACAAACCGAGGAACGUCUCCGAGAAAUCUGGGAGCAGCAGCAGCGGCAGGAAAGCCGCGAGCUUAGUUCAUUGGGGUCUGAAGGAGAAGAAGAAGAAGAAGAAGAAGAAGAGAUAGAAGAAGAAGGAGACGAGCGAUAUAAGGAGAAUUGGGUAAAUGGGUUUUCUUGCGAGACAAGCAACGCAAUUUGCCGGUUAUCUGGUUCGGGAUCGUUCUCUCUGACGCCAUCUCUGUACUGCGACGACUUGUCUGAAAACAAGGAGAAGCGGAUCGAGCAAGAACUGAGGUGGCUUAAAGCCAGGUACCAGAUAGAACUGAGGGAGAUUCAAGAUCAGCGACUCAAGAUCCGGAUGUCAGAUAACCGGGAUGAGGAGCAAUUUGACCAAGCAUGCGGAUUUUCCGGUUUGGGUCUGGUUAAAGGUGAAGGAGUUCCGGUUUGUGGGAAGCAGUCGUACGGUGAUAAAUUGCUUCCGAGAUGUCUGAAAAGGACAACUUCACUUCCGGUCGAUGCUGUUGAUGCAUCAUAAUUCAUAUUCAUAUUAGUGUAUUUUAAUUUUUUUUAUGUAUUAACGCCUUCACAUAUUAUAUAUAUAUAUUGAGAGAGAGAGAGAGAGAGAGAGAGAGAUUCCUAAACGAUAUAGAGAAACUAUUAUAAUUCUUUUUUUUUAAAAAAUUAUUUUACAAUAAUAGCCUUGGUACAGGCCAUGAAAUCUUUA